GAAAUUUGUUAUAUAUCUAGACGUGUCCACUCAGUGCCCUUCCUCACUUUAGCUCUCUUUCUCUCUCUCUCUUUAAAGAAAUUUGUUUUAUAUCGAAAACUAUACCGUUCCAAGAAAUAAGCGGAUGGACAGUGAUAGCGGAGACGUUGACGGUGUAGGGUGUGGCGGUGCCGGUGGUAGUAUAGGCGCCGGAGGAAUAGGUGCGGGAGGAAGCGGAAACAAGAAAGGAUUAAAUGCUUAUAAACACGUGGCGGCAGAUAAACGAAAAGAACGUCUUCCCCCACAGGAUGAUUUGCCUCCUCCACCACUACGGGUUUUCGCCGACGGGAGUCGACUCCUUUUUGAUUGGCGUCAGAUACACCCAGCUUUGCUUUGUCAUGUUAUUUGUCAAAUGACCGAUAUCUGCUGGGCUCUGGUUCUUGGUGGGAUUCUUCAGUUCGUCUUUAAUAAGGACCGUGAUAUCUCUCAGCACAAAGAAUUUGAUGUAGACGGUUUUGCAAAGAAGGUGAAAUGCGGAGACAAAGGAAGUGAACCUGUUAAGACAGUUGGUGCAAGUAGCAUGGCUAUCGGAUCAAUGAGAGUUGCAAUGAACUAUGUGCUUAAUGUAGGAAUGGAGAAAGUGAAAGACACUAUGAAGGGGAAAGCGAAAGCUAAAGCUCAAGCACAAGCUAAGACAUUUAAGUUACGGGGGUCUUUUCUUCCAGUGACGGGUGCAACUCCACAAACCAUCAUUGAAUUGAUGGAAGCUAAAGGUCCCGUGGGCUUGACCCUUGACUUGACUGGUCCACUUCUAGAGCUUAGAGAUGGGGUUUAUAGGGUUCCAGAACCCGUAGAUGGAGCCGAGAGACAUGUUGUCACUAUCUUAGCCCAUGGGUUAACCGCAAGGGGAGAGGUGUUCUUUGAAGUGCAAAACACGUGGGGGACAGAUUGGGGAGUUCACGGUUAUGGGAGAAUCAUUAUCCCAGGAACCACCAAUGAUGCGUUUUACCUCAAUGAGAUCUUUUAUAAGAAAAAGAAGUAAGAUUAAAGCCGAUUCGGAUGAGAUGUUUACCUGUUAGAGACUUAUUUCACUUUUAUCCUUUGUUUUUCUCUAAAUUAAGUUUUCGAAAUUCAAUCCACCAUCCUUCUAGAACACUAUUCGAAAGUUGUUUAAAAAACUUAUGUUCAGCAAAUCUAAUCAA